AUGUCUAGUAUUGCCGCUGCCGCCUCUAUACUAGCCGAAACUGAAGCUGCCGGCGUCACUGAGCCGGCUACUGCCGUUACCGGCCAGCGUCCGGCUGUGAACACCGAAGAUCGAGACUCUGGUCAGGAUGAUGACGAGUUGGCUGAGUCAACCACAUCGAUAAGUGAUAGUGUUCUCCAGUACCGAACCAUCCACGGCCGGACGUACCACAGCGAACGAGGGAAUGCCCAGUACUGGGGUUCGAACGAUGAGCAGCAGAAUGAGUCUAUGGAUAUCAACCAUCAUCUUCUCACUCUAGCUAUUGGCGACAAGCUGCAUCUAGCACCGCUGAAAAAGGACAUAGAAAGGGCAGUUGACAUCGGCACUGGGACAGGUAUCUGGGCCAUUGACUUUGCGGAUGAGCAUCCUGGAUGCAAGGUGAUUGGUACUGACAUAUCACCUAUCCAGCCCGGCUGGGUGCCGCCAAACUUGGAGUUUCACAUCGAUGAUUGUACGCAAGAAUGGACCUUUACGUCAGAUUCCCUCGACUACGUGCACAUGCGAUAUCUUACCGGCAGUAUUGUCGACUGGGGGGCCUUGUUCCGUGAAGCUUUCAAAUGUUGCAAGCCGGGAGGAUACAUCGAAAGCUUAGAAUCGGCACCAUGGCUAGAAAGCGACGACGGAACCGUUACUGAUAAGACGGCUAUGUCUCAAUGGGGUAAGCUCUUUGUCCAGGGUGGUCUCAAGAUCGGUCGGUCAUUCACUCUGGUGGAUGAUGAGGAGCAACGGAAGGGGAUGGAGGCCGCUGGGUUCGUAGACAUUCAAGAGUUCAACGUCAAGGUCCCUCUUGGAGACUGGCCAAAGGACCCAAAGUUGAAAGAGAUGGGUCGAUUCUCACGGGCCACUCUGGAGCAGGAUACCGAAGGUUAUGUCCUUUAUAUGGCUACUUCGGAGGGUUGGUCGAGAGAGGAGGUAUCCGUCUACGCUGCCAGGCUGCGGCGUGAAAUGCGAAACAGCAAGAUUCACGCCUAUUUCCGCAUGAAGGUGGUCUGGGGUAAAAAGCCCGAAUAA